UACAAAAUAAUAACUUGGUAGGCUUCUGAUUACAGAUUCCCCUUUCAAUAAUAGCUAAAUGUUAGAAAGCCAAAUUUACGUGAAAAAAGCCAAGCUGUUUGGCCCUAAAUGCGAAGAAGAAACAUCGCGGCUAACAGCUGCUUGCACUGCCUGUCGCUUAUCGAUAGUCGUGGGUUACGCAGCAGGCAGCUUUUGUGGCAGUGUGCCAAAUUGAAAUCAGCUGCCAGCUGAGAAGUGAGAAAUUAAAUAACAAUAACAAACGAGGAUUAUUAACAGAAAUCAAUGGCUUUGCGCGGUUCUCACCGCCUGGAAGUGUUCCUGAGGCGCUGCACGAGUUCCCCCUCUUUCAUUAGCCAUGGCCCUAACCGUAUGAGCAGUCAAUUAUCUACUAAAGGUGAUCAUCCAAAUAGCAGUGGUAACAGUGGGCAUCAUCAGCACAAUGGUGGGCAAAAUGAAAGUGGCUGGCGGAGAUUGGUGAGAUUCUUUGUUCCAUUUUCCUUGGGUGCAGCGGUCAGUGCUGUGGCCUUCAAGCGAGAUGAUCUGACGCCCUCGAUCGCCGCCUCCAAGAUGACUGGUCGUCGGAGAGACUUUAAUUUUAUUGCUGAUGUGGUGGCCGGAUGUGCGGAUUCCGUAGUCUAUAUCGAAAUCAAGGACACCCGGCACUUUGAUUACUUCAGCGGUCAACCAAUCACGGCUUCCAACGGUUCCGGUUUCAUCAUAGAACAAAAUGGUCUCAUUUUGACCAAUGCCCAUGUGGUGAUCAACAAGCCGCACACGAUGGUUCAAGUUAGGCUCUCCGACGGCAGAACCUUUCCCGCCACCAUCGAGGACGUGGAUCAGACGUCCGAUCUGGCCACACUGCGCAUUCAGGUCAACAAUCUCUCGGUUAUGCGACUUGGCAAGAGUAGUACCUUGCGAUCCGGUGAGUGGGUGGUGGCGUUGGGCAGCCCGCUGGCCCUAAGCAAUACGGUUACUGCAGGCGUAAUAAGUUCCACGCAACGUGCUUCCCAAGAACUUGGUCUUCGAAACAGGGACAUCAACUACCUACAAACGGAUGCGGCUAUUACGUUUGGAAACUCCGGUGGACCCCUGGUCAAUCUGGAUGGGGAAGCGAUUGGAGUUAAUUCCAUGAAAGUGACGGCGGGUAUUAGCUUUGCCAUUCCCAUCGACUAUGUGAAGGUGUUCCUAGAACGGGCUGCCGAGCGGCGCAGAAAGGGAUCGACCUACAAGACCGGAUAUCCUGUGAAAAGGUACAUGGGUAUCACCAUGUUGACUCUCACACCGGACAUCCUAUUCGAGCUUAAAUCACGCAGCCAGAACAUGCCCAGCAAUCUCACGCACGGCGUACUCGUGUGGAAGGUCAUCGUUGGAUCACCAGCGCACAGUGGUGGCCUGCAACCCGGCGACAUAGUGACCCACAUAAACAAGAAAGAGAUCAAGAACUCCUCUGAUGUGUACGAUGCUUUAGCGGACAAUAGUAAAAACCUAGACAUAGUGAUACUGCGGGGCGUUAAGCAGAUGCAUGUGAGCAUAACGCCAGAGGAUCCCUAAUUAAACCUAUCCCUUGCACCUGUUAGCCUCGAUCAUUUACGAUAUUGUGUUCGCAAGAUUUGCAAUAUAUAUUUAUGUGUAAAAACGAAAACGAAAAACUA